GAAGAGAAACACUCGAUGCAUAUUUGCUUCGGGUUUGAAGAGAUGUGAUCGAUACAAGAAGCAAAGGUCGCAGGUUCUUCUCUGCGGAUCAAGCAAACCCUAGCACAAGGAUAUAUGAGUUAUGCCCUUUCAGCUUGCUUCGCAUGAAACCUAGGCACCUUGUCACAGCUUUGCCAACUGGGAGAAGCAUGAUGUCGAGAGAACAGAGAAUGUAGGAAAGAGAGCAUUGUUUGCAGAACGCCUUGCAUGCCCUAAUGCAUGCCUCGAGCGGUGCAUCUUUUGGGGACACUUGCAGAGAGCAAGUGCAAAGGAACGUAUAUCUCAUGGGUCCCCAUGAAUGAAAGUGGCAAAGAUAUGACAAGACCUGGUUGCCAAGGGAGAGAAAGGCAUCAUCUCUGAGGAAGCUGCAUCAUCCUCAAGCUUGCAUGCAAGCCAAUGUGUAGUAGAAAAGUGUGCUUCUUCUUCCGGCGCCAGUACCGAGCGGCGUCGGGCCAGACGCCGGAGGCGAUACAAGAGGUGUUCGGGCAGUACUCGGAGGGAGGGGUGAUGCGGGAGCAGGAGCUCCGGCGGUUCAUGAAGGAGGUACAGGGGGAAGCUCGAGCCGGCGUCAACGAUGCCAUCAAGGAGUCCAAGUACCUCAAAGAGUUGCAGAAGAAAGGGCUUUCCGUUGACGAAUUCUACCACUACCUCUUCUCCGACGACAACGCCGCUCACCCCUCUUCUCCCGGGGUCUACCAGGACAUGACUGCCCCGCUCUCCCAUUAUUUCAUAUAUACGGGCCAUAACUCAUAUUUAACAGGUAACCAACUCAGUAGCGAUUGCAGUGAUGUUCCAAUCAUAAAGGCUUUGCGGAGUGGGGUGAGAGUAAUCGAAUUGGAUCUGUGGCCGAAUGAAACAAACAAUAAUGUGAAUGUUCUUCAUGGGAGGACACUGACUUCUCCUGUCAAACUUAUUAAAUGCUUGAGAUCCAUUAAGGAACAUGCCUUUGAAGCAUCUCCAUACCCAGUCAUAAUUACUCUUGAAGAUCAUUUAACUCCAAAUCUUCAAGCUAAAGCAGCUAAGAUGUUAACUAAAACUUUUGGAAACAUACUGUAUACUCCAACGUUGGAAUCUCUAGAAGUAUUUCCUUCACCGGAAGAAUUAAAGAUGAGGAUUAUGAUUUCCACUAAACCACCAAAAGAGUACCUUGAAUCCAAGACAACGAUGACAUCACCGACAACAAGCCACAAAGUCCCAACUAUUUGUGAUCGGCUGUUUUAUCCCAUCACCAAGCUUUUUAUCAAGGAAAAAGAGCAUGAAGGGCAAAAAGUAGAUGAAGAAGAAUGGAGUGAAGAAGUUUCGGACCAUGAAGCCAUAACUAAUGAUCAUGAACUAAAUGAACAUUAUCAAGAAGAAGAUCCUGAGGAGGGCAAUGGAAAACCACCAAUUGAAUACAAGCGUCUAAUAGCGAUCGCAGCAAAGAAAAUGCAGGGUGACUUAACCGAGGCACUGAAGAUUGAUCCUCAUAAAGUUACACGUCUUAGCCUAAGUGAACUAGCACUUGAGAAAGCUGCAUCAUCCCAUGGAACUGAACUUAUUAGGUUCACUCAAAGAAACUUGUUAAGGAUAUUCCCAAAGGGCACACGUGUUACUUCUUCUAAUUACAAACCAUUGCUUGGUUGGAUGCAUGGAGCACAGAUGGUUGCACUAAACAUGCAGGGAUAUGGGAAAUCACUCUGGUUGGUGCAUGGUAUGUUCAAAGCAAAUGGAGGGUGCGGAUAUGUGAAGAAGCCAGAUAUACUGUUGAAUGAUAAUCCAGAUCAACUCUAUGAUCCUAAAGCUACAUUGCUACCGAUGAAAACAUUGAAGGUGACGGUAUACACCGGGGACGGGUGGCGCUUUGAUUACCAUAAAUCACAUUUUGAUACAUUUUCACCACCAGAUUUUUAUGCAAGGGUGGGCAUAGCUGGAGUGCCAGUUGAUACAACAAUGAAGCAAACAAAAAUAAUCGAGGAUUGUUGGACGCCCGUUUGGGAUGAAGAGUUCGAGUUCAAGUUGACUGUUCCAGAACUUGCUUUGCUUCGCAUCGAAGUUUUCGAGCACGAUGUGUCGGACCAGGAUGACUUUGCUGGCCAGACUUGUUUGCCGGUGUGGGAAUUAAGGACUGGGAUCCGCUCUGUUAGUCUGUGCGACGUCAAGGGUCAGGCCCUAAAAUCUGUGAAGCUGCUAAUGCGCUUUGAUUUCAUUUUCCAUUGAAGUCUGUAUCCAAUUUUAUGAUAAAUCGUGUGAUUUCCAUAUAUAAAGCUGAAGCAUGUCUCGUUGCUGUAAAACAACAUAAAACUUUGGAUUAAUACAUCCUCUUGUUCUUUC